AUGUCUUCCUUCUCCCACGUGGCAAGCCUGAUGUCAUCCCAAGUGCUGGUGACACAUGUUGCUGUAAGCAAACGCUUGAGCUCAUACGACCCAAAACCCUAUCCCAAUCCCAAUUCCCAAACAACACAAAAUUACAAUCUCUUCAAAUCUCCGACUCUCUCACAAAAGAGCCUUCACAAACGCCAUCAACGAGUCGACAUCCCUCUUCUCCGACGAAUACUUAACGGGCCUCGACGUGUGCUUGGGAAAGAAAACAAUCGUUGGGAAACUCCCGAGCCCGAGCUUCCCUUUCGCAAACCCUUUCUCCUCCUCCCCAUCCGCCCGAAACUUCCCCACCCUAACUCCCGACCCCACCAAUCUCCCCGCCACCUCAUCAUACGACCCUUCCAUCGCCCGGCAAAACCCGCACCACGGCGCGUACAUCACAACCACCCAAGCCUCCCUCCUAUUCUCCAUUCUCAAAAGAUUCUCCAUUCCGGGCCGGCCCAAACUAACCACAUUCUUGCUCUUAAAAAGAUCAGGCCCGUUCGCGUGGGGCCCACUUUUCAAAUUCAAACUCUUUUCUUCUUCCUUGAUGUUGCCCUUGUGGAGCCCACACUCCUUGGCCUUAGCAUCCUCCCACCACCACCUACCCUCCCGCUCGUGCUGACCUGGCAAAACAGGCCUCGUGCAAGGCUCGCAACCGAUCGAGACGUACCCCUUCGCGUGUAA